CCCAAACCCAACCCGUGGUGUACAGGCAGUUGGACUCGCGUGACAGCUCUGUUGUUGUCUGUGACAGCCGGCCGACCGAGGGGCUGACGUAGUCCGGGGUGAGGCAAUCGGAUAAUGGUCGUCAUCAGCCAGAACCUCGGGCUCAGACUCAAAGACUCAAAGUUGAAAACCGUACAUCUCCACUCAAGACAACUCGAAAGUUUGCCCAAGAAAACUCAAUCUCACGGUCAGCAAUCAGUAUACUACAUCGAAGAUGCCACUGGAGGCUACUAUUUGCAUGCUCGAUAACUCGGAGUACUCGAUCAACUCCGAUAUCAUUCCGACUAGAUUAGAGGCUGCGGCAGACGCUGUCAAGGCUAUUUUCAAAGCCAAAACGAACUCGAAUCCUGAGAGUACAUGUGGAUUGAUGACAUUCGCGGGAAAAAGCCCUACUGUGUUGGUGACCCCAACCACAGAUGAAGGCAAGAUCCACGUCUCCUUGCAGGGUAUUAAACCGAGUGGGACGCCCGAUCUGAUUUCCGGAUUAAGCGUCGCUGGUCUUGCGCUCAAGCACCGUCAAGAAAAAAAUCAACGUCAACGGGCCAUCGUUCUCCUUUCAUCUCCUUUGCCUCCCAAUUUGACAACAGAAGAACUCACUCGAAUAGGAAAGAAACUCAAGAAAAACAAUGUCGCAGUCGAUGUGGUCUUGUUCGGAUCUGAGGUCACGACUAAUGAGGAGCGUAUGCGCGGGUUUGUCAAUGCAGUCGAGAGUGGUGGAAAUUCGACGAUGAUUGUUAUCCCAGGUGGUUUACCGGGCCUAUUGAGUGAUCACAUCAAACAGAGCGAUAUCCUUGCCGAAGAGGGCUUUGGAGCUGCUGGUGGAUCGGGUGCGGGAGCCAAUGGGGACGGGAUCGGAAUGGCCGAUGGGGGUGGUCUGGAUAUGGAUCCUAACCUUGACCCUGAGCUUGCGAUGGCAUUAAGGAUGUCUUUACAAGAGGAAGAAGCCAGACAAGCAGCAGCCACAAGACAACAAGCAGGCACUACUUCUUCCGGCCCUUCGCAAGGUACGGCCGAAGCUGCCACUGAUGGACCGCGGCAAGAAGAGAUGGCAGAUGUGAAGAUGGCACCCGAGUCAAUGGACGAUGAACUAACAAAGGCUUUGGCAAUGAGCAGGGGUGAAGAUGUAGAAAUGAAUGAUGCAGAAAGCGGAGUGAAACCUGAGACAGGAGGAGAGAUGGACGAAGACGAGGAUUUGACAGAGGAAGAAGCAAUCGCCAAGGCUAUUGAAAUGUCAAUGAAAGGAGACUCGACAAAAAAAUGAAAUGAAUGAUUUAAUGUACAUUACUCGUCAAUAAAAAUCUAUCCAAUAUACAUGCACCGCUCCGAGCUUGUUUGUUUUCUUUGAAAGUUGAAAUACAGUGGUAAUUAUUUCUGAUUAGGAAGUGAUGAUCAUGAAACAAAGCUACGUUAUGAAUUCCCAUACCUCAAGGCUACAAUUCAUCUGGUUGAAUGGUCAACGCACAAUUUGCUUGAGUUGGAGGUAUAUUAUUUGUCUGACGGGUUAAAGCAAAGGUAUUGAAAGUAAAUGUAGUAUUCAACUUGAGCUGUUAUGAGUAUGUUAUACCUGUAUGUAAGAAAUUAUUUUGUUCCUGAUGUUAGUUCUGUGGGCAAUCAUACAACAGUGAGUGUGUAUGUCUUGCCUAGUUUAGGAAUUUAUGAAAAGCGUGGCUAGCUCGAUUGAGUAGGUGAUCUUUGCUUGGCCGCGGGAGAUCAUCAUCAAGGCUGUACCACAAUUGUGACAGGG